AUGCCGAGCCAGAGCCCACCAAAUGUGCCCAGCUCCAGCCUUACAACCAGACCGAACCUUAGCCCACCAACUACUGCCGAGUCGGAGCCCAUCAGCUACGACGAGACCCACGCUACCAACUACGGCGAGCAUGAGCCUACCAACUGCGCCAACCUCGAGCCAUAUGACGAGCCCGAGACCACCAAUCACACCAAGCCGCAGACCACCAACUACGCUGAGCACGAGCCUACCACCUACGCCGAGCAGGAGACCACCAACUACACCAAGCACGACCUCACGAACUACGCCGAGACCGAUCCCUCCAACUACGCCAAGCCGGAGACCACAAACUACGCUGAGACCAAGCCCAUCAAUCACGCCGAGCCGGAGACCACCAACUACACGGAGCACGACCUCACCAACUACGCUGAGCCCGAGCCCCCUAACUACACCGAGCCGGAGACCACCAACUAUGACGAGUACGAGCUCAUCAACUACGCCAAGCACGCAUCCGCCAACUACGCGAAGACCCAGUCCACCAACUACGCCAAGCUCGAGUCCAACGACUACGCCAAGGACCACUACUGCGAACCCACCAACUACGCCGAGCCGGAGACCACCAAUUACACGGAGCACGACACCACCAACUACGCUGAGCCCGAGCCCACUAACCACGCCGAGGCGGAGAACACCAACUACGACGAGUACGAGCUCUUCGACUACGCCAAGCACGCAUCCGCCAACUACGCGAAGACCCAGUCCAUCAACUACGCCCAGCUCGAGUCCAACGACUACGCCAAGCACCACUACUGCGAAGCCUAG